AAAAAAUAUGACGGCAUUUGCCUGAUAGGUCACUGAAAGAAGGAAUUAUUUUUCUUUUUGGAAUAGUUUCUGAUUACACUUCUUGGCACAAGAAAAAAAGAAGCUAGUUGUUUUUCACGCAGGAGUGGAUUUGUGGUUUGGCUUCCCCAUGGCUUUCUGCCGCACAUGUGACUCCAGGGUGCUGGUGGCUGUAGUGUGUGGGCUGCUGACCGCCAUUGUUUUGGGACUGGACAUUUGGAUGACCGUGCUCAGGAUCAACAGAGGAAAACCUCCCCCCUCAUCAAACAUCAUUACAGGGAUGUGCAGCAAUGGUGGAACCUGGGAAAACAACAGAUGCAUUUGUUCAGAAGAGUGGACGGGACUGAGAUGUACAAGGGCUAAUUUCUGUGAAAAAGGUACCUAUGGAAAUUUUAGUUUUGAAAGAAUUCCAGUGGGAAGAUAUGGAUCUUCCUUGCAAAAAUGUGGCAAGAACACUCUAAAUGCGGACAAUCCAAUAGCAACCGCGCUGUGCGAUCAUACUGAAAAUGGAACGAUACAAUUACAAAAUGUGACAGUAGGAAAUUGCAAUGAAAAUCUGCAAACCCUGGAAAAGCAGAUAGACAAUAUCACACACUCGUCUUCAAAUAUUUCUAAAGAAGCCCAGGUCUUAACAUCUGAUGCCAGUAGAUUAACUCCUGAAAACGUCACUUCUGCUGCUAAAGUGGUUGGACAGAUCUUCAACACAUCCAGAAAUGCUUCAGUUGAGGCAAAAGUUGUUGCUGUAACCACAGUGAGUCAACUUCUAGAUGCCAGUGAAGAGGUUUUUGAAAGAGCUGCUGCUGCUGCUGCUAAUACCCUUGAAACGCUUACUGAGCAAUUGGAGGAUUAUUCCAUCUCUUUGAGCAACCAGCCAGUGGUGAAUCCUAAUAUAGCAAUACAGUCUUUUGAAACCCCUUCAGGAAGCACUGAGGGGCAUACAAGUGUUCGCUUCACUUUGUACCAAGGAACUAGCAAUUCUCUUACAUCUAGUUCCACAUGUGUAAAUACAAACGAGGAUGGAUGUGAAUUGAAUAAACAGACUGAACUUCAAAUCCGUGCCUCAAAAAGUAACGCUACGUCAUAUGGCUUUAUAGUGUAUCAAAACGACAAGCUUUUCCAAUCAAAAACUUUUAAAUUAAAAUUUAACCAAAAAAUUGUAUCAAGCACAACUAAUAGUAGCAUGCAUAAGGGGCAUCAGAAUGUUUCUGUUGACAUGGCCUUUCGUCCACAGCACAACCCAAAAGAAUUUCAACUCAAUUCCUAUGCCUGUGUCUAUUGGAAUAUUUCAAUGAAGGAUUGGGACACAAAGGGCUGUGAAAAAGAAGGGUUUACUAACGGUUUCCUGCGCUGCAGCUGCAACCAUAUGACUAGUUUUACUGUAUUAAUGAAUUUCAAAAAGAACUAUGAAUAUCCUGAAUCACUAGACACAUUAUCCAACGUUGGAUGUGCACUGUCCAUUACUGGUCUGGUUCUCACAAUUAUAUUUCAGAUUGCCACCAGGAAAGUCAGAAAAACCUCAGUAACCUGGGUAUUUGUCAGUCUGUGCACAUCAAUGUUGAUUUUCAACCUCCUUUUUGUGUUUGGAAUUGAAAACUCCAAUAAGACCUUACAGAAAAGUGGUAAUGACACCAAUGAUUUGGAUUCUAAGGAUAAUAAAAUACUCACAGAAGACAUUACUGUCACCACAAAUCUCAAGUGCACGGUGAUUGCUGCCUUGCUGCACUAUUUUCUGUUAGUGACAUUUACCUGGACUGGACUCAGUGCUGCACAGCUCUAUUUCCUUCUACUUAGGGCCAUGAAGCCUCUUCCUCCACGAUUCAUUCUUUACAUCUCUUUAAUUGGAUGGGGAGUCCCGGCUAUAGUGGUGUCUAUGACAGUGGGAAUUAUUUUUUCUCUGAAUUUUACUGAUCCAGAGUGGGAGUUACAAUAUCGGGAAGAGGCAAUCUGCUGGCUGGCAAUUCCAGAGGGCAAAAAUUUUAUAAAAAGCCCCUGGUUGUGGGCAUUCAUUCUACCUGUGACCAUUAUCCUCGUCAGCAAUGUUAUUAUGUUUAUUGUCAUCCUGGUCAAAGUGCUCUGGAAGAAUGACCAGAAUCUGACAAGCACAAAAAAGAAUUCAUCACUUAAGAAGAUUCUUAGCACGUUAUCUAUUGCAGUCGUUUUUGGAAUUACCUGGAUUCUGGCAUACUUUAUGCUAAUUGAUAAUAAUAACAUCAGGGUCAUCUUCAGCUAUAUAUUCUGCAUUUUCAACACUACUCAGGGAUUACAAAUUUUUAUCCUCUACACCGUCAAAACAAAAAUCUUCCAGGAUGAAGCUUCCAAAAUGUUCAAGUCUCUGUCAUCAUCUGCUGAGAGACUGAAGCCACUGCGGCCAUUCACUGAGCUGAGGCUGCGAUUAAGGAUGUAUAAUAUGCUCCGAUCAUUUCCAACCCUCAACGAACGCUUUAAGGUGCUGGACCCAUUUAUAGUUACUGAGGAAACAACACUCUCGGAAAGUGAGGAAACAAAGGCAAGCAUCUAGACAGUAAACCUGUUACUGUUUGUGGUCCUAUUAAUUCAACUUGUACCGGUUUUCCUUUUCUUUUUCCUUCCUUUAUUAUCUAGUCCUCUUGGAAAGUCUCCCUCAGUGUAUUUUAAUUAAGGGUAAGAAUCAGGUAAAACCUUUUGUUUAUUAGCAUAAGGAAUAAUGAAUUUGGUAGUUUUUCUAUUCAAUAGAUUCUGACCUGAAUGAGGUGAAGAAUUCUGCCCAGCAUUCAAGAUAAUUCAAGAUUUUCAUUGCUCCUUAUAUCAUAAAGUCAGUGUGACAAACUUUGAUAAAAAUGUAGGACCUAAGCAAAUUCUUUUACAAUUUACUAAAGGGGAUAUGAGAAGAAAAAUUUACCUCCCAGAAUGAAAUGAAUUAUGAUGAACGCUGCAGGGAGUUAUUUGUAUGUAUCAUACUUUUGAUCUGUGAAUAUUUUAAAUUUGUAUGUUACUUGUAUGCUUACUUUUAUUUGUAUGCUUACUUUUAUUUUCAAUUAAGAAUUUUGCACCAAUAUAACCUCUGAAAAGGGAAUUUUUUAUUGUUGUUAAUAAAACAAACAAACAUGUUUUAUGACCUGAGGAGUUGGCUCUAUGAGAAGUAGGCAGUGAGACAUAGAAGGUUACUAAAGCCUCUAGAUAUUUCCUUCCAGUUCUUGAUAUACUUGCCUUUUUAUUGAUAAAAUGACACCGAGUCUCACAAAGGGAAAAAGUUAGUCACAAUCGUCCUUUGUGGCUUUUAAAAGAUCUAACUCCUUAUGGAAUUUUAAACACUUGAAUUAUAAAUGGCUUCUUAAAUAAAAAAUGACCUCCAUUGGGGUGGGGAGCAUUCGCACUGGACUUAAGAGAUACAGUCUUUGAAUUGCUGUGUUCUGUUUUGCCAUAAACUAGGCAGCUGCUGUGAGUGCACUGAACUAAGGGACCAACAAAUGUCAGGUGAGCUGUGGCAUACGCUUCUCACCACGCCCUAAUUACAUGUGUUUUUUAUAGAAAUGGUUGUAACUGACUGUUGAAUUACUUGGCAAGCCAACAAGAGCCUAUUCCAUCUGUAGGAUAAUUGAGACCUUCUAAGAUAGUGGAAAAAAAAGCAAAGGGAAAGAAUAAAAAGACAAGCAGUUCUCAGAGGUCAGUGUUUUCAGUGGUGUUAUAGUGCUCAGCCUAGAUAGGGGCUGGACCCAGGGAAAAUUAUAAGGUGUUGUUGAUCUACUCUAUGUCCUGAAAUACAUAUUCAGAUGCAAAUAAACGAAAAGUAAGAGGCACUUUAAAUGUGGAAAAAAAAUUCACCAAAAAAAGCCACAUUUAGCUGAGCGUGAGGUAUAUGUGUUGCUUUGGUGAUUUUAGUUUUCUUUGCACUUUUUUCAGCACUCUUGGUGUAUAGCUGCCAAAAUUCUAUAUAAUGUUCCUGGAAUGGCUGUACCAUAAAUGCGCAAGCUUCACAUGCAUACUGUGGAGGCUAAAUCAGGCAGCCAUUGAUGUACCUACCCUGAAGUCCUACCACUAGGAAAUAAUUCUAUGGAUUUAAGCCUUUACCUCAUGCAUUGGUCAGGAAUCUUCUCGUGCAGUGAUAGAGAUCCAACUCAAAUUAAGUUAAAGGUCAAAGAGAAUGUAAUGGCUCAAUUAACUGUACAGUCCAAAGGCUGAGUUGGUUUAGGUGGGGUGACUAUACGUUCUGGUUUGCUUGAGCCAGUCCCCAUUUGUGUCUCUUGUCCUGACUUAAGUAUCACUAGCAGCCCCUUUUACUUGCCUGGUUUGGGACAUAAAAUAUAUGAUAAUUGUUGUGAUCACUCGCUGGCUGUGAAAGAAUUCACAAGGCACAAAGGAAUAGAAAUUAGAAAGUUUAUUCAAGAAGAAAAGCACUGGCAGAGAAGCCCCUGGGGGCGGAGUCUAGAUAGAGCAGACAACUGCACUGAUCUUUAGGUUAGCUUUUUUUAUACAGGAAAGUGUAGGUAAAUUUCCUUACAGCUGAAGAUGUGACGUCCAAACUCAGGAUAUUUUACAUAUAGACUGAGGUCAUUUGAUUGACAUAUGCUGGUUAUAUGACUAGUUUCUCUAUCCUGUCCUGUAACCUCCCAUCAGUGUAUCCCAUUGGCUGCAGCCAACCAGAAGCCAGAUGAGCCAGAAAUCAGUGGGACUCAGUCCCCUGUGAUAUGGAGCAAAGCAAGGGCAGGGAGAAGAAAGGACCCAAGAAUUGGCACAACUUGCUUGGUCAUGUGCCCACAGGCAUUGUGUUCAGGGACUAUUGGUCCAGCCUGAGUCACUGUGAAGUGGAAGGAUGGUGGAUAAUUUGGUUGACAAGAUAUCCUGGAGUGAAGAACAAACAGUUACAUCCAGGAUGGGAUGCUGGCAGCAAAAUGUUAAGGUGCUUCCACUACCUCUCCUGACAAAAUACAAGUACCACUUGGGAAGACAACCACUUUCAUGUUCAUCAAUCAUUUCCCUUACUCUGAAUGAGCAAGCCUAUUAGAUUCUUGUCUGAGUAGAGUUUGAAUGGAGUGGGUAAGGAAAGCAAGAAAUGAUUUGUUUCCUUGGAAGUUGAGGAGCAAGGACAGAGACUAUAGAAGCAGAAUGGUGAUAUACUUAAAAAGAAAAUUUCAGGAAAGGGAUACACACCAAACUUAAUCCAGGGGCUAACUGUGGGGAGAAAGUGAAGGAAGAGGAGAGGAGGGACCUGGGCUUGGUAGAAAUUAGUCAAAGGGAACUUUGGCUCUGUCUGGCAUGCUCUAAUUUAUUUUCUUUUUUUAUGGAAAAUAUUCUCAUGUAAUACUUAGGUGGGAAAAAUGUUUUAAAUUCUUUUAAAAAUAAUCCAAGCCUGCAUUUCGAGUCACAAAAUUUUAGAGCUGGUAGGGAAUUUAGGGUUCACCUAGUCCUGCCCAUCCCUUGACAAAGAGCCUCGGGUAUGCCCAGAGAGGCCAAUGACUUGUCUAAAGUCCUAUUACUUGCAGUUGGGACCACAACUCCCCGUCUAGAAUGCUUCCUACUUUGCACUUGCUUGGUAAGUACUGUGGCCAGAAAAAAUAAUCUUUUUUUGUUAUUGCAAAGGUUCAGAAGGUCUCAACUGUUAUAUCAUGGUUUCAUAGCAACUUAUAUCAAAGUUCAGAAAAUUAUCCAUGUCAUACUUCCACGUGUAACAAAACUCUACUUGGAAGAAGAUAAGAAUUGGACUAUAGUUCUCUAGGAAAUAUGGUUUGUAAGAGAUAACAGCAUUAGAUCACACCACUCUGCUUUGCUUUUAUUUUUUUUCUUCUAGUUAAAAACAAAAAAAGGCUAAUGUAUUAAGCAAUGGGAUUUUUCAGAAACAUGAUCAAUAGCUUGCAAAAAGGAUUUAUACCCUAUUUCUACUUUUUGAAAUUGUUCACAAAUCAGGACUCUAAAAACAAACUCCAAAGUGUAUACGUUGCUAUUGGUAGUAUAAAAUGGGUGGUGGUUUCACAGGUGUGUAUACAUCUGCUAAAACUCAUCUAAUUGUACCCUUAAAGUGGGUGCAUUUUACUUCAUGUAAAUUAUAUAUCAAUAAAGUUAACUUAAAAAGUAAGACAAACAAACAAAAACAGCAAGGCUUCUACCAAAGCCAACAAACAAAACAAACAACUAACUCCAAUAGCCAAAAUUAAGGAAAAACAAUUUAGUAUUUUUAAAACAAGAAAACAAAAAACAGUUGUCAGUGACCCACUUGUGAUACUGAAGGUUCCUGUGGUGUGUUAAGCGUGUGUCUUUGUAUACACAUAGUAGUAGAUAACUUUGGAGUAAUACUGAACAUUAUCGUGACUGUUUAUUGUGCACUUAGCAAACUGGCAGGCAUGGAUGUGAAAAUGCUGCAUUUCCAAAUUCGAUAGCCUUUUUGUUCAUUCAAAAUAGUUUGUCCUCUCAUUUGGUAAUAUACCCAGGUGGACAUUUUCAAGAAAAAUUAUCAAUGCCAAUUUCAAGUAGUGCUGGAGUAACUAUGUGUUUUCCCAAGAAAUGUUUAUUUGUUUGUUUAAUUGUUGAGAUAUGUGACUUGUUUGAUAAUGUUUCCCUAUUUAUGUUAGGUGUCAGGAAGUCUAUGGUCUAGUCUGUGUCCUACUCCUAGCAAAAAUACAAGACCAUAUGACAUAUUUCUUGGGUACCAAUCUCAUCCUUGGUUUCUUACUUUUUGAUCUUAUGAUUAUUUUUCCUUCCUCCUGAUUUUCUUAAUCAGUUUUUCAGAAACGUUUAUAUAUUAUUUUCAAA